CCUGCCUCUGUGUCCUUUCUGCUGUGUGACCAUUGCAAGGCUGGGGCUCUGGAAGGAACUCCCUGCAGACCAUCCCACAUCCAGGCUCCGACUGUCAUUCAGCUGCAAUUAGAGGUCCCCCCUCUUUAUGGAGGCAGAGAAGGGAGCAGAAACAGCAUAAUUUACUGAAAAAAAUAUUUAUAAAUGAAUAAUAGAAAACCAACGGAGUUCGCUAAUGCCUACAUCUUCGUGUUACAAGUGCUGACAGCGUCGUCUCUCCAUCAGGCGCCAAGCCAGUGGUAUUGAGUUUGGAAAGGUUUCGUGCAUUUCAUUUCAUCUUUGGAUUGCACAUGCUUGCUUUCUCAUUUUAAGACUUUUUUCUGCUUCGGAGGAAACAUGUUCUGACAUGCUGGAGUUUGCUGGUGGUAAAUAUUUCCUUUGACUACAAAGUGCAUCUGUGAAAAAGACUUUCAUUUUUUUUCCCCAUGGCAAUACAUUUCUUUCUGGCUUGCUCCUUUCUCUGUUGUUAUUGAUAACCUGCAAACGACUUGAAUCGGAAGGUCUGAGUGAAAUAGCACUUUCAGAUCUGUACUUUCAGCUGCAUCAUGCUGAGGAAAGCGCAGAAGCUCUGUGUAUGCAUGUGCGAGAGAUUUUAGAGUGCUGUGUAUGACAGUUUGCAUACCAGACUCUGACAAAGUAGGGACCACAGGUAAGUCCCCAAGAGAUCUCCCUUGCUGUGGGGAUUUUUCCAGCCCCUAACCACCGAGGAGAAAUAUCCAGCUCUCCAACUGCUCCCCAGAGUUGAUGCUUCUGAUUUGUUUCAAUUGAAAAUAACCAAGAAUAGAAACUGGCACGUAAUGAGAAGUCCUCAGCCAAGCAACUGUGUGUGUUGUGAUUGCUCUCAAAUGAGCACUCCCACACGGGCUGAGGUCUCAGUGCCCAUGCGACAGAAAGGCCUGUAAAGGGUUAAGCCGCUGACUUGCUUGCUAGGCAAAGUUUGAGGAAGAAUAUGUCUAAGGCUCGGUACGCUGCAGCCACACGUUUGAAAUCUGUCACCCUCACUUAGGAGCUCUGCAUCUCUGGUUGUCAGCAGUGAAUAAUGAUCACACGUCGAUAAGAUCGCGCUGUGGCGUUGCGCCGGAGUCGCCAGGGGAAGGGCCGAAAGGAAAUUACCAGGCGUUUAACCACUUGAGCCGGCCGUUCUUCAGUGUCAUCAGUGGGGUGCCAGGGCUAAAUGACCGGCUGGACAGCAGCUUGGAAAGCAAAUUUCCUUCCUCUUUGCCUUGAGAGCAACCUUGGGUGAUGGUUAGCAUUGGCAGCUAUGGAAAAAAGAGACCUUGGUGGUGAUCCUUAAAACAAUACCAUGCCGGAGCCCAGCGGUUCUGCCACCUUCUCCCCUUUCAACCUGCCUGACCCGGUGGGCUUUGGGUGAUCUCCGAGAAGGACCUACCUCAGCGGAAGCAGACCAAAUAUUGCAACAUUGUGCAGAGGCAGGAUAAAAGCAGGAAAGAGAAAGUGACUAGAAAAUAACUGGGCAAAAACUGGAUGAAAGUGAGCAAUCAGAAUUCUCCAGGCUGAAUGAAAUGCAAAGGCUGGCUGCAUCCAGCAGAUAGCUGAUAUGAGGACUUUGCCAACUGAAGAAAGCUGAUUGUAACACCAACAGACUUCAGUGAAAGGAAGUAUUUUCCCACCAAGCAAUUCACAUACAGACACCUCUUGGUAGCUUUAAAUUACCUGUUGCUCACCUGCAAAGACACAGCUAUUGUUUCUUUCAGCACACAUGGAGGAAGGCAACAAAGUGUGUAACCCUGGCUAAUAAGAGUGUGGCUUUCUUAUAGGAAGUAGGAGGUAGACAAGGAUUAUUUUAUACUUAGCCUCCAGGACUUUAUCUCUUGCCUGAACACUGGACAUAAACUAAAGCCAAUUCUAAUGACCUGAGAUUUUACUACCUGUGCUUUAUUAUUGUUAUCAAUUCUUUCAUACUUUGGUACUUUAUUUCUUUAAAUUAGAAAUGGGCUCGUGGACUAGAAUGUGGCCCACAGAUUGGGCUGUUCUCCUGAAAUCAUGGCUUAUCUUUUCCCUGGGGCUCUACAUGCAGGUCUCCAAAACUUUGGCCUGUCCAAAAGUGUGCCGCUGUGACCGAAACUUUGUCUACUGUAAUGAGAGAAGCUUGACCUCAGUGCCUCUUGGGAUACCAGAGGGUGUAACCGUCCUCUACCUCCAUAAUAACCAAAUUAAUAAUGCUGGAUUUCCUGCAGAGUUGCACAAUGUCCAGUCUGUGCACACAGUCUACCUAUAUGGCAACCAAUUGGAUGAAUUCCCCAUGAACCUGCCCAAGAAUGUCAGGGUUCUCCACCUGCAGGAAAACAACAUUCAGACCAUUUCUCGGGCUGCCCUAGCUCAGCUCUUGAAGCUGGAAGAGCUGCACCUGGAUGACAACUCCAUCUCUACUGUUGGUGUUGAGGAUGGUGCAUUUCGGGAAGCUGUCAGCCUCAAGCUUCUGUUCUUGUCCAAGAAUCACCUAAGCAGCGUACCAGUAGGCCUUCCAGUGGACUUACAAGAACUGCGAGUAGAUGAAAACCGAAUUGCUGUCAUUUCAGACCUGGCCUUCCAGAAUCUUACCAGUUUGGAGCGUCUGAUUGUGGAUGGUAAUCUCCUUACUAAUAAAGGCAUAGCUGAAGGCACCUUCAGCCACCUCUCCAAGCUCAAGGAAUUCUCAAUAGUACGGAAUUCACUAACCUACCCUCCUCCUGAUCUUCCAGGUACACAUCUACUAAGGCUCUACUUGCAGGACAACCAGAUAACCCAUAUACCACUUACAGCCUUUUCAAACCUCCACAAGCUGGAGCGUCUUGAUAUUUCCAACAAUCAGCUUCGGAUGUUGGUAAAAGGGGUAUUUGAUAAUCUCCACAACCUGAGGCAACUCACUGUAAGGAAUAAUCCCUGGUUGUGUGACUGCAGUAUUAAAUGGGUCACUGAAUGGCUCAAAUUUAUUCCUGCUUCCAUCAAUGUACGGGGUUUUAUGUGCCAGGGACCAGAACAGGUCCGAGGUAUGGCAGUCAGGGAGCUCAAUAUGAAUAUGUUGUCAUGCCCCACCACCACCCCUGGUCUGCCACUUGUCAUCACCCCUGCCUCAGCUACAACCAUGCCAACUGCAUUGGUUCCCACCUCAUCAGUUCCUCCCCCAAGUAGCAAAUAUAAUCCUCUCACUCCCACCAUAGCCACACUCCCCACUGUGCCUGACAGAGAGGACAGAGAAAAGGUGACACCUCCCAUGUCUGAACGGAUUCAGCUCUCCAUCCAUUUUGUGAAUGACACUUGCAUCCAAGUUAACUGGAUGUCUCUUUUUACCGUGAUGGCAUAUAAACUCACAUGGGUAAAAAUGGGCCAUAGUCUGGUAGGAGGAAUUGUUCAGGAGCGAAUAGUUAGUGGUGAGAAUCAACACUUAAGCUUGGUAAAUCUGGAGCCCAAAUCCACGUAUCGGAUUUGUUUGGUUCCACUGGAUGCUUAUAACAAUUACCGAACUGGAGAAGACACUGUCUGUUCAGAAGCCACAACCAAGGCUUCCUAUUUAAACAAUGGCAGCAACAUCCCCUCCAGCCAUGAGCAGACGACUUCUCAGAACCUGGGCUCCCCAUUUCUGCUGGCAGGGUUGAUUGGGGGUGCAGUGAUAUUUGUCCUCGUGGUCCUGCUCAGCAUUUUUUGCUGGCAUAUGCACAAAAAGGGGCGUUACACCUCCCAGAAGUGGAAAUAUAACCGAGGCCGUCGGAAAGACGACUACUGCGAGGCAGGGACCAAGAAGGACAACUCCAUCCUGGAGAUGACGGAAACCAGCUUCCAAAUUGUCUCCUUAAAUAAUGAUCAGCUCCUUAAAGGAGAUUUCAGACUGCAGCCCAUUUAUACCCCAAACGGGGGCAUUAACUACACAGACUGCCACAUCCCCAAUAACAUGCGAUAUUGCAACAGCAAUGUCUCAGAUCUGGAGCACUGUCAUACGUGAUAGUGAGGGGAGAUGGGGGUACCUAGGACAAAGAGAAAAAACUCUGGAAAAAGUAAACCCUCCAAUAACAACGAAAAAAUUACAUUUGAUAAAUGUUACACAGAUGCAUUUAUGCAUUUGAAUACUCUGUAAUUUAUACGGUGUACUAUAUAAUGGGAUUUAAAAAAAGUGCUAUCUUUUCUAUUUCAAGUUAAAUGCAAAUGGUUUUGUAACUCUUUGCUUUUUAAAUCUUUAAAAAAUAUUGCUAAGUACUGUACAGGGUUGUACAAUAAGAACCCAAUGUCAUGGCAAAGGAAAGAAUGACUCAUUCUUCAAACAUUAACCACUUUGCUGUCGAAGCUGUCUGAGGGAUCUAAGUUCCUAGGUGUCCUGUAGUACAGGAAAAUAAGUGCAUAUUAAAACCGGGUCACUAGGAAUAGACAAAGGCAAUUCAGAUAAGAUGGGUACAAUUCUUUUGACUCAAAGACAUAAGUUGCUGUUGAGCUUCAAAUAAUUGAAAUAAUUCUGUUCCCCUUUAUCAGUUCUGUAUUUCCUACCUCCAAGUAAAAGCUGGAGUUCUGAGUGCUACUAGAAAGACUGUUUUUGGUUUGGUUAGUUUUUCUGCAAUAUACUUGGAAUAGGAAAAGGUAGACAGAACUCAGUGUCAAACUCAAAGUGACCUUGAUUCCUAUGUGCAAAAGCUACUCUGACAAUAUCCCCCCAAAGUAUAUAUUUUUAUGUUAGAAUCUGUUUCCGCUUUUCAUUAUGAUUAAGAAGCUUUAGGCAUUCUCUGACCCUUCUCAGUGGGAGAUGAAGGUUAUCAGUAUGUAACAGAUAGCUGUCAUUAAGUUGCACCUUUCUUUAAUAGAGCAGCAUUUGUUGACACAGCAUGUUCAGGUAAGGCCUGAACAAGGGAAAUUCUUAGCUCUGUAGAAUCCUUUUAGAAUUUGCAAUAUAAAAGUGCAAAUUACUGAAAACAUGAUACAAAAUAUGAUGUCAAUGGAAAGGUUGCCAUUUACUUUUAUGGUUCAAGCCCUGUUUGAUUUAGGGAUCCGAGUUAUGUUCGGUACGGAGAGGUAAGAAAAACAAAGAAACAAACAAACAGAGAAAACAAAGAAAAGGAUUUUUUUUAAUUACUGGAAAGGCUUCCAGGCCUAUUAUGAACUUAAAUAUAUUCACCAGGGGAAAUUGUGUAUAAAGUCUUUUUUUUUUUUGGUUUGUUUGUUUUGUUUUUUUCCAUGAAGUGUAUAGAGAUGGCCACUAACUAGGCUUGUGAUUAGCUGAGGAAUUUUGAGAACAUAAGUAUGUGCUGUCCCUCCAAAUUAUUCUUCUUUUAUCUUAAGCUUUUUGGAAGUUUUCCACAAUGAUCUGUACUUUAAAAGCAGCAGGUGGGCUUAUAAUUUGUUCUAUUAUUCCUGAAAAUUCUUCAGCUGGAAUCACUUCUGAGUCCUUGAGCUUUGCAUGCACUAUGCAAAACAUCAUGCUUAUUUUAAACCAUGAUGCUGCUCUCAAAAUUAUAUAAAGUUCCAGCAACUCCACUGACUUUGUGGCUGCCAAAAGAUCUGGAUUUCUUACCAGCUCAGUGGUGGAUUUUAAUUCUUUUUUUUUUUUCAGUUUGUUUGUUUUUUGAUGUGUCUCACUUUCUCCUGAGGUUGGGGACAACGCAAAAGUUCACAACAAGGAGGAAAUAAGAGAGAGAAAAUUUUCAUAAGGGAGUGGGGAACCAAAGAGAAAACUUUGUAUGGUGACGAGCUAGGGACAAGGAAAAGUAAUUAGAAGUAGACUGGAAGUAAAGGCAUUCACUAUGAAAUGCUUAGAUUUUUCACUUCAUGAGGCUGCUUAUGUUGGGAGAGAGGUUUUUAAUCCUUUCCUUUGCUUUUUUCACUCUAUCCAUUCUUGAACUGCAGCAGUCUAUGAGUGUGCAGUUUCUCAAAUUGCAUGAUAACACUUGUUUUCUGCAACGGCAAAAUGAAUCCAAUUGUUUGGUGAUAGAUGGCAAAGUACAAUCAUUAUGUAAGGAACUGCAUCCUCCCUCAACACCUUUUAUAAUCACAGUUUGAAAUUCCACGCUAUAUUCUGUAUAUUCACUGUUUUCUCCAGCUAUAACAGGUAUUUUAGGCAACCUGUGUGGCUACUGUAAUAGUAAAGUCACUGAAAUUUUGCUGAAUAAAGGCUGCCAUAUGAUUUCACAUGCUGUAGUCCUAGGUAGACACGUCUAUGCAAAGUGUUUUCUCUGUGACCUAUUUACUUGAGAGUAUGAUGAGAAGGUUGAUACUUUUGUUUGUUUGAUAAUAUUUUAGCUUCCAAAACCCGUAAGACAAGCAGCAAAUAGUUGUGCUUCUGCACGCUUCCAUUGCAUGCUGGAUACAUAAGAGUUUGUUUGAGAUUAAGUAGAGCCAUGGGGUGUGGAGGUGGUAUUUAAUUUCACUAAAAUAACUAGCUGUACCUUUGAUUUCAAAAGGCAUCCUUUACAUGUACAUGCAUACUAGCAUUUCAUACUUCAAUGACCGAUGCUGGAGGAAUCCUUAUCCUCCUCGAUGAACAUCAUCUGUUCUAGGCCUCAGGAUAUCAUAGUUUCAAGAUGAGCUAGGUGCCCUAUUUGUAGCAAGUGACUUAUUCAGGAAGUUCAGCUGUACAGUACAUGAAUGACCCAAAAGCCCAAACUGAUGAAAACAAAUGUGGUUAGUGACCUAAUAAGGUGAAAACAGGAGGCAUUCACAAAUUAUUUGAUUUGAUCUUGGAUGAUUAAAUAUAUAUACAUAUAUGUGGAGCAUUACUGGUUUACCUAGAUCAAAAAUCAAAGUGAUUAUAAAGAUAGCAUAGUUUAUGCUUCUUUUCAGUAUGAAGAAGAACAUAUAUGUUUGUAUGGGAUACUGACAAAGUUCCUUUUCUAUAAAUACACUUUUGAAAAAAAAGUAACAUGCUAAACCACUUAUACCAAAAUUCAUGGAGAGAACUGGGAGCACUGUCUAAACAAGUGCAUAGCUGUAGUCAAGCAAAAAGUCAUAUUUUACAUUGGAAAAAUGUUUCUUCCAAUUCUAAUUGCUAUCCAAAUGCAAAACAGUUCAUGGACUUCAACCUACAGCAGAGUUUGGGAAAUUUCAAACAAAGUGUCAGAGUAGCACAAACAGCUGAGGUUUCAUUUCAGGACUCACCUAAAUAAGUUGAUAAUGGACAGUUUGCACUAAGAAAGGUAUUUGGAAGUCAUGUGGACAAAGUUUGGAAAAAUUAUUAUGGACAAUGAUCUUUUGAUGAUGUAAAGUCAAAGUUAUAUCAGUAGCUUUUUCCUUGGGCUUCAUAAAAAUGCGAUCGUCUUUACUUAGUGCAAACACAGAUAGAAACUAAAGGGAAGUAUGGAGCAGAAGUUCCAAAUGUAUGCAUAUACAACCCAUCAGAAAUUCCAGAAUAUUCACUUGCAGGUCCUAAUUUGCACAGGUUUGUUGGACCUGUGGGCAAAUGAGUGGUUCACAGACAAAAUUUGACCCAUCUUUCAUUGUAUACCACUAAUGGCUGACAUAAAUGUAUGGAAGAGUUGGUGAGAGAGUCUACGUGAAAUUACGUUAAACCAGUGUCACAAGACUCGUUAACAAGCAGGUCCCCAUUUUCACAUGUUCUGUGACUAUAACAAGUGUUCCUUGCCUAUUAGCAGAAGCAAACACCUGAUGGAUGCAGGGACUUUAUGUGAAAAGGUUUUCACUGGAGACAUUAUUAUUCAGUUUCUUCAUAAGAAUAUUUAGGGUUUGGAUUUUUUGGACUGAAAAUAUAUUAGGCGUUUUCCCAGUUGGCCAAUAAGAAAAAUAAAAUGGAUGUGAUGUAAAAGAGAAAAACGAAAUAGUUUAUGCUAUUUGAUACUAGAAUAGCUCUGCUAUUUCUUUUCUCAAUCAUUUUUUCUUUUCAUGAGAAAAAAUCUCCCUCUGGGAAAAAUAUUUAUUUUAAUUUGCAAGCAAAAGAACUUUAUGAAUAUCUUAUUAUUGGUAUAAUUUUCAAAGGUCUGCAUGAGACACUUUAUUAAUGACAUUGCAGUGAAAGUUCAGUCUCAGCUUUUGACAGUGAAGUGGUUAAUUCCCAUUGAAUUCUUCAUUUAUAGUAUUCAUUCACCUUAAAUUCUAACAAGGAGAUAUUAAAGUUUUUCUUUAGAACAUAAGAAUAAUGGUUUUAUUUAUGACUUAUCUUUCCAGCUGAGUGGAAAAACAAAACAGAAAUGAGUGCCAAAAUCAAAAGUUACUGGCUGUGAGCCUCAUCAAAUCCUGCCUGAUGCUCUCUUCUAAACACAGAGAUAAUCCUAGGAAGCUGAUGAUCACUCCUUCCCUGAACUCUACUGAACAGGGCAUUUUGCAUCCCAGAUGACACUACAGGCAAUUUUGAACCAUUUGGCAUUAAACUUUUGUACAGCAUAAAAUGUCUUUCUUUUCAAAAGGACACUGGCUAGUAGUCCAUCUGGAAAACUGGUACAAAAGAGGUUUGGCAAGUUUUGAUUAUACUGGGGCUCUGUGGAAAUGUGCCUCAUGAGAGCUGAAUUCUGACCCUCUCAGAAACAGAUAAGCUACUAAACUAAUUGUUAUGAUCACUUUGUUCCAAAUAUAUGAAGAUGAUCUUUCAUAAAAUUGAUUUUAACUGA